AUGGAAAACUUCAUCCUGUAUGAGGAGAUUGGCCGAGGAAGCAAGACUGUGGUCUACAAAGGGCGACGGAAGGGGACCAUCAAUUUUGUAGCUAUUCUUUGUACUGAUAAGUGCAGGAGGCCUGAAAUAACCAAUUGGGUCCGUCUGACCCAUGAAAUUAAACACAAGAACAUUGUAACUUUUCAUGAAUGGUAUGAAACCAGCAAUCAUCUCUGGCUAGUUGUGGAACUCUGCACAGGUGGUUCAUUGGAAAUGGUUAUUGCUCAAGAUGAAAAUCUCCCAGAAGAUGUAGUGAGAGAAUUUGGAAUUGACCUGCUGACUGGAUUACAUCAUCUUCAUCAACUUGGCAUUCUCUUUUGUGACAUUUCUCCCGGGAAGAUACUCUUGGAAGGGCCUGGAACACUGAAGUUUAGUAAUUUUUGCUUGGCCAAAGUGGAAGGUGAAAGUUUGGAAGAGUUCUUCACCUUGGUGGCAGCAGAAGAAGGAGGAGGUGACAGCGGGGAAAAUGUAGUGAAGAAAAACAGGAAAAGUAGAGUGAAAGGAUCUCUUAUCUAUACAGCUCCAGAAAUUGUGAGGGGUACCGACUUCUCCAUCACCAGUGACCUCUGGUCCUUGGGCUGCCUGCUCUAUGAAAUGUUUUCAGGAAAGCCUCCAUUCUUCUCAGAAUGUGUCUCAGAACUAAUUGAAAAGAUUUGUUAUGAAGAUCCUUUGCCACCUAUUCCAAAAGAUUCUUCUUGUCCUAAAGCUUCUUCAGAUUUUAUUAAUUUGCUUGAUGGUUUGCUUCAAAAAGACCCUCAGAAAAGACUGACUUGGGCAGACCUGCUGCAGCAUUCAUUUUGGAAGGAUGCUUUUGCUAGAAAUGAUCAGGACUCAAGCACUGAGGAUUCCAACGUCAGGUACGGAAACAUGGAAUAUUCCGGGUUCCAAGAUGCCACGGAGCUUCUGAAGAGCCCUCAAGGUGGACAGGCAAAGGGGGGGAAGAGUGGGCAGCGACUCAGUCACUCCUUCAGGCUAGAAAAUCCAUCUGAGUUGCGGCCUAAGAGUGCCCUUGGGGGUCAAUUGAAUGAGUCCAUGUUUCUUCUAAGUUCGCGUCCUACUCCAAGAACCAGCACUGCAGUGGCAUUAAGUCCUGGUGAUGCUGUGACUCAGAAUUCACCACAGAAGACGUCUCCCUUGACCAAAACUGCAAGUGGCCACAUGAGUCAGCAGGAUCUGGAGUCCCGGAUGAGAGAGCUUAUCUACACAGACUCGGACCUCGUCAUCACCCCAAUCAUUGACAAUCCGAAGAUAAUGAAACAACCACCAAUUAAAUACGAUCCAAAAAUAUUGCAUCUACCAGCACAUUCAGUGGAUAAGUUAGUAUUUCUGGAAGACCAGGAUUGGAGUGACUUUCUGCAACAAGUGUGCUCGCAGAUCGACUCCACUGAGAAGAGUACGGGGGCCUCGCGAGCCAAGCUCAAUCUCCUCUGCUACCUGUGCGUGGCAGCCGGGCACAGACAGGUGGCCCCCAGGCUCCUCCACUCGCCCCUGUUCCAGUUGCUAAUCCAGCAUUUGCGAAUAGCUCCAAACUGGGAUAUAAGGGCCAAGGUCGCUCGGGUGAUUGGUUUACUGGCCUCGCACACAGCUGAGCUCCAGGAAAAUGCACCUGUUACUGAGGCAAUCACUCUUUUAACUGAAUUAAUCAGGGAAAAUUUCAGGAACAGCAAAUUAAAACAGUGCCUUUUACCAACCCUGGGAGAGCUGAUCUAUCUUAUAGCCACCGAGGAAGAAAAAAAAAAGAACCCCCGAGAAUGCUGGGCUGUUCCCCCGGCUGCAUACACGGUGAUAAUGAGGUGCCUUCGGGAAGGGGAAGAACGUGUUGUGAAUCACAUGGCAGCAAAGAUCAUUGAAAAUGUCUGCACUACGUUCUCUGCUCAGGCCCAGGGCUUCAUCACUGGGGAAAUCGGGCCUGUUUUAUGGUACCUAUUCAAGCAUUCCACGGUUGAUUCUCUUAGGAUAACAGCAAUAUCGGCCUUGUGCAGAAUCACUCGCCAUUCUCCUACUGCCUUCCAGAAUGUUAUUGAGAAGGUGGGACUGACCUCGGUAAUACACUCCCUGGCCUCUGCCAUCUGCAAAGUCCAGCAGUACAUGUUGACCUUAUUCAGUGCAAUGCUGUCCUGUGGGAUUCAUCUUCAGAGGCUAAUCCAAGAAAAGGACUUUGUCUCUACAAUUAUCCGUUUACUGGACAGCCCCUCCACUUCCAUUAGAGCCAAAGCCUUUCUGGUUCUUUUAUAUAUUUUGAUUCAUAACCAUGAGAUGCUGUUGCUCAGCUGCCAAGCAAGACUGGUGAUGUACAUCGAGAGAGACAGCAGAAAGACCACUCCAGGCAAGGAGCAGCAAGGCGGCAAUGAAUACCUGUCCCGAUGCCUUGACCUGCUCAUCCGUCACUUGGUGCAGGAGCUGCCACGCAUCCUGGGUGACAUUCUUAACGCCCUGGCUAAUGUUUCUGGUCGUAAACACCCAUCCACGGUUCAAGCGAAGCAGCUGAAGAUGUGUCUCCCCCUCAUGCCUGUAGUGCUUCACCUGGUAACGUCUCAGGUAUUUCGACCUCAAGUUGUAACAGAAGAGUUCCUUUUCAGUUACGGAACUAUUCUUAGUCAUAUUAAAUCAGUAGACUCAGGAGAAACUAACAUAGAUGGAGCUGUAGGAAUGAUGGCAUCGGAAGAAUUUAUCAAGAUCACGCUAUUGGCUUUUGAAGCAGUGAUACAGUAUCCUAUUUUAUUGAAAGACUAUUGCUCUACGGUGGUUGAUUAUAUCCUGCCCCCCUUGGUGUCAUUGGUUCAAAGCCAGAAUGUGGAGUGGAGACUCUUCAGCUUGCGGCUACUCUCAGAAACCACAUCUCUGCUUGUGAACCAGGAGCCUGACGAUGGCAAGGAGGUGGUGAAUGUUGACUCUGACAACAAUCUUCUCGCUCUAAUUAGAGAUGUCUUACUUCCCCAGUAUGAACACAUCCUCACGGAGCCAGACCCUGUACCAGCAUAUGCUCUGAAGCUGCUGGUUGCCAUGACUGAACACAACUCAACUUUUACCAGACUUGUGGAAGACAGCAAACUGAUCUCACGCAUUUUUGAAGUAAUUCUGGAACAUCAGGAGAACAUUCUGGGUAACACCAUGCAAAGUGUGGUUGCAUUGCUCAACAAUCUGGUUGCCUGCAAAGAUUCGAAUAUGAAGCUACUUUACGAGCAAGGACUGGUCCGUCACGUCUGUAACCUGUUCACUGAGACUGCCACACUGUGUUUGGAUGUGGACAACAAAAACAACAACGAGACUGCAGCCGCCCUGCUGUUCUCCCUGCUAGGCAUUCUGCAUGGCAUGCUGACCUACACUUCCAGAGUCGUGCAGCUGGCUCUGCAGGCACAGAAAUCCGGCUCAGGAGGGAGCACUCAGGCCGCGGAAAACCUGCUGCUGCUCGGCAAGCCUCUCAUAGACCUCGUCAGCCUGCUCAUCCCGCUGCUUCCUAACGAGGAUCCUGAAAUUUUUGAAGUUUCAUCCAAGUGUCUGUCUAUACUGGUUCAGUUGUAUGGAGGGGAAAACCCAGAGAGCCUGUCUCCUGAAAAUGCAGAGACCUUCGCUGAUUUACUAACAUCCAAAGAGGACCCAAAGGACCAGAAGCUUCUGUUGAGGAUUCUCAGAAGAAUGAUCACCUCCAACGAGAAGCACCUGGAGAGUCUCAAGAGCGCAGGGAGCCUCCUGCGGGCUCUGGAGGGGCUGGCCCCGGCCGGGGGGUCAUCAGCCAACAGCGCAGUGGCAUCCUUGGCCCUGGAGAUCCUCCAAGCUGCUGGACGCUAG